GGUGGGAGGCUAGCAUGGGCUACAUACUGUCUCAAAAAAAAAAAAAAAGCUGAACUAUAUGACCUUAAAAUUAAAUCUUUAAAAAAAAAUAAAUGCUGAAGAAUACUCAAAAGCAUCACUUGGUUUCUUUACAUAUGAGGGCUAGGAAGACCACACAGAACUCCAUUACAGCAUGUCUUUCCCCCAUUCCAUGUUUCAAACGUUUGGUAGCUUGAUCGUGAUGUGAUAGGAUUUAUACCACAGAAGUCAGCAAAUUACAAAUCAAGGCUUUCUCCCCCUAGAGGAUAACUGUUAAAUAUUUACUGCCAUGGCCCUCUAUAAACUUAGGAGUAAACCUUGGAAUCAGGAAGUCAAAGUUUAAAUCAGGGCUCCAUCAGUUGCUAACAAUGUGACUUGGCUAAUAUAUUUAAUGUUGGUUUCCUCAAUCAUAAAAUAAGACAAACAGUUCUGCUUCCGCCAUUUGUACAGCUAACACAAAAUACCUGAGGAGAAUUAUUUUAAAAGAAAUGUAUUUCUCACAGAUCUGGAGGCCGGAAAGGUCAAGAUUAAGGUGCUGAUAGAUUUCGGUGCCUCAUGAGGAGGGACUGCUCUUCACAUGGCAGGAGAGAGAGAACCUUUUUAUAUGCUUGUUUUUAUAAGUGCGUUGUCCUAAAACCUUCCCCGUAGGUCCCACUCCCACCUCUGCCUCGUUGGGGAGUAAAUUUCCAUGGAUUUGGAGAGGAUAAAUAUAUGCAAACCACAGGAACAAAAUAAAACAAUUAAAUGAAGUUUCAAUAAGUGCUUAGUACAACAACAGAUAUAGGUUCCGAGUAGAUGUGAAUAAAUUCUUUUCUACCAUAUGGAGAUAGGAGUAGGUUGUUUAGGGGCAGAAGAGAUGUCUCAGAAGAUCAGAGUGUGGUUCCCAGUACCCAUAUCCAGAGGAUAACAACUGCCUGUAACUAUAGUUCCAAGCUUCCAAUACCCAUCUCUGGCCUCCUCAGACGCUUGCACACAGUACAAAUACAAGACAAGUAGGCACACACAUGGAAAUUAAAAAAAAAAAAAAGAAUGGACUAUCCAGAAUAUCCAUUAUAAAGCAAAAGAAAAUGUUUUUGUUGGAGGGGUUGAGUGGGAGCAGUGAGCUCUUUUUAGGUGCCUGAAGCUUUAUUCCUAAGCUUUCUAACCCCAUGAGUGGGAGAAUCCAGUUUCUGCUCUGCUCUGGGGUACACAAUGAAAGCACCAGGCCUGGCACACUCAGUACUCAGUCAUCCCAGGAGUGAUGACCGAAGUCAGAUUAGUUUUAAUGCAGGUUGGACGAAGCUAUCCCAAGGAAUAAUGAGGUCAAUGUUCAGCUUAAAUAUAGAGCCUGCAAUGCCAGAGAAUGUCCUAGCCAUUAAGGGUUUUGCUGGCCUAUGUCCAGUCUUUCCUGGAGGAAGUAAAAAAGCUGUUGGUUGUGAGAAUUAAGACUACACCAAAAAGGAAAUGAUUGUAUUUUUCAGAACUUGAAUUUCCCUGGAAAUCAAGCUAGAGACUGAGGUCUCUAUACCCCUUCUGAAUACUGGAGGGUUACAGAGGACAGGAAAGGGGCAGAGAAGAGGAUAUGCGUGCCCCUAAGCCCGUGUAGCUAGGGCUUAGGAGGAGUGUUAGGGCAAGUCUGGAAAGCCAGUCAGCAGGAGGGAAAUCUUCCCAGCCUCUGACCUGUGAUUGAAGGUAUGAGUGCACUGGUGCCUGUGGCCUCCAGGGGGCGCCUGUGCAUAACUAUGAACAAAUGUCUUGGUCCAGGCAGGAGGAGGGCUGGAUAGACUGAGGACAAGCAGAAGUGGCCUCUUCUGAUGAGAGGAAUAAAAGCAAGGUCAGUACUGUGCUGAGUGCUUGAGGAGAGAGCUACCUUGUGACUUAUGAUCUGUGACCACUACCAAAGUUGCCACCAAUUCACAGCCCAGAGUUUGUAAGUGGAUGUAAUUCUCUACCUCAACAGUUUUUGUCUAGAAGUUGGGCUUCAUCUGUGUUGCCUACUUGUGAAACACUGUGGGGGUCUAGUCAUUCCCUGGAGGUUCUGACAUUGCAUUUAAGCCAACAGUUGAAUGCAUGGUACAUGAGUUAGGAGACAACAGUAUUAAAGGGCCAUAAACACUUUUCUGAGGUAGGUGAUGGAUCCAGGGAUGGUAUAAAGGGGCCCAGAACUGUAUGGGAAGAGGCAAUGCUGUAAAAUGAGCAUCUAGUAUUUAUGCUGUUUCUCUUUAGAAGACUCUGCUAGGCAGACAGAGACUGGCCUACAAGUUAGUAAUGGAUCCCCAGAAAGGCUAUAUAAGGUAUCAGAGGCUGUGAGGAAGAGAGUGAGUCUGGGGUAUCAGCUACCAGUGCAGAUCCAGCCAGAGAUGCCUUGCGAUGGGAGAAGAUGGGUGUCAGGCCUCAGCUGUAAUAGCUGUGUCAUUUUUCCUUUGGGAAUCUAGCUUUGCUCACUGACCCAUGAGGAAGGAGUAACACUAACAACAUAUGUUCAUUGUUAGUCAAGAGAGGACAUUGUACGUGAUGGCAGAAACUUGGUCUCAUGCCCCAGAGUUCCCAGAGUUCUAGUUGGAAGUUUUACAGAAUAGAAAAGAGAUCCUGGGGCAAGUAGCAGGGCACGAACUCAGCAUGAUCACGGCCUGCAGUCUCAUCUCAGCACUUAAUAAAGGAGAUGGUUAGCUCUGGCUUCUGCCAAGGUUGGGUAGAGGGAUGUAAGGACCAUAAGACCCCUAAGAAGGACCACUAAGGAACAGAGGUCUGGGAGACUCAGGCUAAAGCAUAGCUGCUGCUACCUACAAUUCUCUACUGAGCUGGCAGCAAGUCUUGGGUGUAACUGAGGCAGGCUUUGGAGGUCCCAGGAAGUGGUGAGAAUAGCAGGUACUGGGAAUGGCAGGUUAUAUCUCAGGAAAGAGAAGGAUGUGGGACCAAAACAUUGGGGAGAGAAAUGGAACCACCAGACAAAGGGCAGUGGCAAACAAAUGUGACUGCUAAAGUUCAGUAUGUACCUGUCAUAAAGGUACCCCCAUUAAUAAUGUCCACUUGCUUCAGAAGAGGAAAAAUUCUCAGAAAUGCAAUGAUAAGAAGAAAAGCAGGUCAGUGAAGUGAAAACAAAACAAGAACAGGACUCGGGAUAGCAGAGUGCUUGCCUGGUAUGUGGGAAAACCCGGGAUUGCUUAAGAAACAAAACUAACAAAAAGCAAUCAAUAAGUACCUGGAAAUAAUGUCAAGUUUUGGUAGGUGACAUAAAGGAAAUGAGAGGCUGAGAGGUCGGAAAAGCUAGUCAAGAGAGCAUGUAUGAAGAAGGUAAUGAACCUUUAAGUCAAAAUCAGUUAUAAACAUUGUGCAAUCCUAGUUUCAAUUCGGUAUGUUCUGUGAUAGAUAAAUAAGUGUUCCCCCCCCCCCGCCCCAAAGUUGGAAUUAUCAAGAGAGACUACAGGGAACUGACACUCUUCGGGCCCUGAUACUGUCACGCCUUCCCUCGGAAGCUUUUUGAAGCUUUUUUUUUUUUUUUUUUUUUUUUUUUUUCUGGUUGAGUUUGGGACAGGGUUUGGCACAUUGAGACAAUUAUUUGGCGAUAGAUAAUAUCUCCAAACCAUCUGUAAAGGUUUGGGGGUACCCCUAGAAGAGGCCCCCAUGACUGAUGCUUGGAAAAGGUUCUUUUGAAUAUCUCUGAGGAAGCUCAUUCGUGUGUGCAGGGUUAUAAGCAGUGGUCUGUUUAGUUGUCAUAGGCUUUGCUUGAGUUGGACUUGAUACUCAGUACACAGAAAAGGUUCACUUUCCCCCUUCUUUCCUCUCCCAUUGUAGAGAUAAACUCAGCCUUAUAAAGGUAACUGUCCACCCUAUUCUGAUUUAUGAGCAACUACACCUGUCAGUAUUUGAGAGAGUCCCAGUAGAUAUGAGCUAGUCACAGCUGGAAAUUUGCUGAAGGGGGGGGGGGGCUACUGCCGGGAAGACAGAGUCUUGGAUUUGGGGUUUUUUUAGACUUUGACCUUAUUUGCUGUGAUGCCAUCUGCAAAUAUGACAUCGCUAUUUCUCAAUAGGGUUAGAAAUGGGGGUGGUGCUGUUUCCGAUUCUGUAUAAGUUCAGCCUCAUGCCCAGUGCUGUCCUGUGACCUUUCCAGCUCAGCAUGGCUAGGACGGUGGUAUCACCAGUAACCCUGGUGUUGCUGGGCCUGUGCUGGUCCCUGGCUGUUGCCAACCCUCUUCCUUCUGCCCGUGGGAAUGUUGCUGAAGGUGAAAGUGAGACCAAGCCAGACUCAGAUGUAAUCGAGCGCUGCUCAGAUGGCUGGAGCUUUGAUGCUGCCACCCUGGAUCACAAUGGGACCAUGCUGUUCUUUAAAGGGGAGUUCGUGUGGAAGGGUUACACAUGGAUCAGAGAAACAAUCUCAGAGAGAUGGAAGAAUUCCACCAGCUCAGUGGAUGCUGCAUUCCGUCGUGGUCCUGACAGUGUUUUCCUGAUCAAGGGAGACAAAGUCUGGGUAUACCCUCCUGAAAAGAAGGAAAACGGAUAUCCAAAGUUGCUCCAAGAAGAAUUUCCUGGAAUCCCAUACCCACUGGAUGCGGCUGUGGAAUGCCAUUAUGGAGAAUGCCCGAGUGAAGGCAUACUCUUCUUUCAAGGUAACCGCAAGUGGUUCUGGGACUUUGCUACAAGAACCAUAAAAGAACGGUCCUGGCCAGCUGUUGGGAAUUGCACCUCAGCCUUGAGGUGGCUUGAACGCUACUAUUGCUUCCAGGGUAACCAGUUCCUGCGCUUCAACCCAGUCACAGGAGAGGUGCCUCCCAGAUACCCUCUGGAUGCCCGUGACUACUUCAUGCCCUGCCCUGGCAGAGGCCAUGGUAGACACAGAAAUGCAACUGGUCACAGGAAUAGCACCCAUCCUAUGCAUUCCCGCUGUAGCCCAGAUCCUGGCUUGACUGCAUUAAUGUCUGACCACCGUGGUGCCACCUAUGCCUUCACUGGCUCCCACUACUGGCGUCUGGACUCCAGCCGUGAUGGUUGGCAUAGCUGGCCCAUUGCUCAUCACUGGCCCCAGGGGCCUGCAACAGUAGAUGCUGCCUUUUCCUGGGAUGAUAAAGUCUAUCUCAUCCAGGGCACUCAAGUGUAUGUCUUCCUGACAAAGGGAGGCAAUACCCUAGUAAAUGGUUAUCCAAAGCGGUUGGAGAAGGAACUUGGGAGCCCUCCUGGGAUCAGCCUGGAGACUGUGGAUUCAACCUUUACCUGCCCUGGUUCUUCCAGGCUCUAUGUUACAGCAGGACGGCGGCUAUGGUGGCUGGACCUGAAGUUGGGUGUUCAGGCGACAUGGACAGAGCUUUCUUGGCCCCAUGAGAAAAUUGACGGGGCUCUGUGUUUGGAAAAGUCCCUUGGUCCCAACUCAUGUUCUUCCAGUGGUCCCAGUUUGUACCUUAUCCACGGGCCCAAUUUGUACUGCUACAGCAGUAUAGACAAACUGAAUGCUGCCAAGAUUGUUUCUCAGCCCCAGAAAGUAAACAGCCUCCUUGGGUGCAGUCAGUAAGAAGCCCUGAUGGGAAUUAGCCCAGCUCAGUCCAGCCCAGCCACCUCUCCAUUUUCAUCCUAAUAAAACCAGAUGGCUUCUUCACAUGA